AUGGAACAUAUACUGCCGGUACCCACCGUCAAGAAGUCGUCGACUUCUAGGAGAAAAAAUUUCAAAGUACCCUCAUUUCCAAAUAAUGGAUACAGAGAAGAUGAUCCUGAUUACAGUUUAGUUUUUGUUCCUGAAUCACGCUUCGAGAAACUACAACAGUGGUCAAUGGAUAAAUCAAAUUCAUUAAAAUGUGGUCCUGUGGAUUUCACAUUCGAGGUUGCGCAUCGGAUUAUCAGUUUUAGGAGUUGGCUACAUACACCGGAUAUGGAUGCUGUUAUGUACUUAUUUCGUGAGUACACAGCUUUGCGUCGAUGGACUGAAGACCGUGUGGUUUUUGUGGAUUGUUAUUUUGCUGCCCAACUCGAGGGUGCUUACAAAAAAUUGUUGGAGGGUAAAAGAACCUUUGAAUUCAACAAACGGCUCCUACAUUACGCUAUCGGGGAGUUACCAUCACAUGGGAGAACAAAGAAGAUUUUCGACGUUGAUGUUGACAGACUUUACGCACCGGUUAACGUGAAUGGUAAUCAUUGGAUCUCUUUGUGCGUGAAUUUUGUUCAAAGAACUGUUGAAGUCUUCGAUUGUAAUGGAUUCAAGUAUGGAAAGUUGGUAGAAGCAUUCUCGGUUCUCAUGCCUCGACUAGUGAAGGAAGUGCAGUCUCCUAAGAACAAGAAACAGUUGAAUGUGAAGCCCUAUGGGAUCCAAUAUGCUCAGGUGAAACGGGGAAGUAAUAAAGCUCAAUGUGAUUGUGGAGUGUAUGCUUUGAAAUACAUUGAGUGUCACGCACGCGGGCUGGACUUGUCUUUGAUGCAUGAUGACAACAUUAACAUUGCUCGUAUGAAGAUAGCAUGUGAUCUUUUUGAUGCUGCAAACGAUCCUGUCUUCAUUGACCGAAUGUCUAGGUAUGAGCCUAUUAGCUGGGAAACGGAGGAGAUUGACCUUGAUCCAGAUCUCUGA